CUGCGCUGGACGGAGAGGGGUUGGGAUGAGGUCUCGCGAGCAGAGGCACCUCACAACGGAGCUGGAUGCUACGUUUGAGUGCACAAAGAUGCUGGACUGUCGCAUCAGCCAGGCCGCGGACGCCUCGUGGGCCUGCUGCGAGACUCCGCCGACCGGCCGCGAGACUCCGCGCGACGCCCGCUCGCCUUCCGUCCGCUCCAGCUCCUCCUGCUACAACGGCCGCCGAAUGAGCGAUCCACCGUCGCCCUGCGGCCCGCGCAGCUACCGCGACGACGACUCUGACUACGACAGCGACGCCUCGGGCGAGUACGAGCCCCUGCGAGAUUCCGAGGUCAGCCUGCUCACUUCGAGGGCCAGCACGCCGCCGCCGCCGCCGCUGCCGCCGCCGCGACCUCGCUGCGCCUCGCUGCACGAGCUGAAGGUGCCCGUGCUCCCAGUGCAGUUCGGCGCGCCGCCGCAGACGAGCGUCAGCCUCGGUGACCUCAGUGCUCGGCCGGCCGCGCCGCCGGCCGAGCCGCGGCGCAAGGACCAGCGCCGUUUCCUGGGCCUGAGCGUGCCGGCAUCUCCCCACCGCUUCGGUGCACUCUGGCGUCGCUGGACGGAGCGACCGACGCGCGCCGUGGCCGCGGCGCCGUGCCGGGAGCUUAACAAGUCGCUGCCGAACCUGGCGCUGGCCGGGCUGACGACGGGCGCGCUGGGCGGCGCGCGCACGACCAUUCCCAGCCCGCGCGCCCGCUCGCCGUCUCGACAUCGCGUCUCACCCGGCGCGCUUCACCGGGCGCUGAAGAAGGUGCAGGCGAAGGCGCUGCGACGGGGUCGGCCUGGCGCCGUCCGCUCCCUGCUUCCGCAGGAGGACGACGGGCCGACGCUGGUCGCCCUCGGCCGGCUAGACAGCCACGGAGCGCCACAGCCGGCCGUGGCGGACGACGCCGCUGAAACCGGACCUGGCGCGUCCUUGUCCGGUCGCAUCGCCCACUCGCCGGCGGAUGUCAAAAGCCGCGGCGCCGAAACCCCGACGUCACGCCUUCCGCGCCGCUGCCCCGAGCCAGGGCAACGCCUCGUCCCGGACAUUGUGGUGGACCCACCGGCGCAGUCAGAGGACCGCGGGUCCUCAUGGUGGGACCAGGCGGACCACGGGUCCUCAUGGCGGGGCCACGCGGACCGCGCGCUUCCGGACAUCAGCGUGUCGCCGCCGGCGCCGGCGCCCGCCGACGAGUCCGACUACAUGACGAUGGCGGCAAUACGCGACAUCCUGUCGGCCCCGAGUCCGCCGGGCGGCCUCAGCGUCCCGGACGCCGGCUCCGGGACCUCCUCGCCCCGCGGCGAGCCCGACUACCUGGACAUGGCGGGCAUCGCGCGGCUACGGACGGCGUUUGCGCGGCCGACGCGGCCCGCGCGCGCACCGCCCGUCGAGCGGUUCGUCGGAACGCGAGGCAAGGCCUGCGCUGCCGGCGAGUACGCCAACCUGGCCGACCUGCGGCGCGCACUGCGCGAACUGCGCGGGGCAGACCGACAAGUCAUCGCGGAGGAUGAAUGAGAUAGCGGUUGCCGGCCGGACGCCGUCCGUCCGCCGGCCGCGGAGAAUCCAGACGACGAGUUACGUAACCUUGAGAGUGACGUCGCGUGCCGGCGUGGGUAAUCCUCGGGACGCGGUGACCAGGCGGCGGCGGCAUCGCUUGCUGUCGCGGUCUGGAAUGGAAGCUUCGUUGGUCCGUUGCGCCGGUAGUGCCUGGGGGUUUACCGAAUUGUUUUUGUACAGUGGAGUGGUGGGAUGUGGUGGGAUGUGGAGUGGUGGGACGUGGGAUGGUGCGGGCUCGGGAGUCAGUCAACGAAUGUGAUAUGUGUCGCGGUAUUGUUAAGGGAUACGCAUGUAACACAUCUAAACGUGUAAACUCAUCAGCGUUGGGUAAUACAAGACGAUGACUAA